CUCCAGAGUUCAGUUGUCAUCUGGACGUGGCUGAGAGUUGACGUGUAGCUCUCUCCCGGGAACCACCUGUGAACACGCUGCAUAAACAAACCUAUACGAACCAUCACCAUAUUGAAUCAGGAAGAUAGUACCGCAGUGAGGCUUAGCAGGACCUACCCCCAUGUGCAUCCUAACCCUCAGUACAGCAGAAGACACUAUAAGUAGGAUACGCGGUGAAGACCCACAUCCAACCGCAGGACGCUGAGGAAACAAACAAACGCAGACGGCCUACAUCACCGCCGCCUUCAGGAACUCUCUGUGGGUGAAUGGAAGUGCAAAGAACACCCAAGAACAAACAUUAUAACACUGAGUGACCCGCAUAUGUUUAACUAAAGGACUCCAUACCCUGACCCGCAUAGACUUUUUAUUCCGAUUUCUACACCUUCGCCUGCUCAGUGGUUCGAAGCCCGUGUCGAAGCCAUGAAUCUGAGGCGCCUCAACGUGUUCAGCAAGGAGACUAAGGCGAUAGGGUGGCUGCGGCAUGUUCUCACCGGCAUCUCCGUGUUCCUAUUCGUGAGUGGUGUGUGUGCUGCCUGUGUGUGUGUGUACAUGGCCUGGGUUCUCGCCACCUCCAUCACCGUCUCCCGCUUCCUCUCCGGCACACUGAUCUUCACCUACAGCGUCCUGGGCCUCGGCCUCGUCUUCUUCAUCACGGGCCUGGUGGGCUGGGUGGCCGGCGCCUCGGAAUCCGUCUGCGGCCUUAGGCUGUAUCUGGCAAUCCUGCUGCUUGCCGUGGCUGCUGAGAUAGGCGGUCUGCUGGCCCUCAACAUUCUGCAGACGAGGCUGGACGACAUCCUCCUCAAUGGCUGGGCUGAGGUCAACCAAGGCACGCGCAACAUUGUACAAAACAAGUUUGACUGCUGUGGCUUCUACGGCCCAAAGGAGUUUGCUUACACCAACUACCCGAUCAGCAACUCCUGCUACGACACCAUCCAGAAAGUGACAGCCCAGGUCACUCCCUCGGCCCAGACACUCAAGCAGAGUGGAUGUGGGGCUCCUCUUAAAUUCUGGCUGGAUGAUAACAAGGCAGUGUGGUGCUCUGUGCUGGCAGUGCUGGGUGGCCUUCAACUCAUGAGCAUUGUCCUCUGCAUUCACAUCAUCCACAAACUCAAGGACAAAACGGGCUACAAAAAAUCCUCUGAAAAGCGGCGCCUCCAUGAUGAGAAGGGAACCUAUUCUUUAUGAGAGAUGAGCCAUUAUAGACAGCCUGUGUGCUGGUAGAGGUAGGGCCUAGUUAGUUCGUCUGAAGACUACACAACAUUUUGUAUACUAGAAAAAAAGUAAAUAUAUGCAUUUACCUAUUGACAUAUUCUUCAUGAAGUGGGCCAAAAUAGAGGGUUUGUGUCCUGGCAGAGGCAGGUGUAGCUAGUUAAUCAGUAACUUGCACUUGCCAGUAUGUUAAGACAAGGAAAAAUAAGAAGAAAUACCCUUUCAGAAAUGUAUGAUUUAUUAGUAACUAACCAUUGCAAAGGGCUUGAGUGCUGGCCAAGGUAGGCAUAACAAGUUAAUCUGAAGCCUACACAACACUCUGUAAAGAGGAAAUAAACAUCCAGCAAGUUGUUUCUUUAUGAAAGAAGAACUGUCAAUUGGAUUCUGGCAGGGGUAGACAUAGUUAGUUAAUCUGAAACCCACACAUGCUAAUAGAAGAGAAGAAAGAAGAUAUAAUACACAUCCAGCAGAUUUCUCUUUACUAUUUUCUCAUCAUGCCCCACACUCCUCUUCAUGUGUGUUACUCCCAGUACCUUUCUAAGCCAAGGUCAGCAGUAAUCAGCUUUUAAUAUAACACAUUGUGAUUCAUGUACAAUAGUGGCUGUAUCAAUUACACCACUCACUGUAAGCACAAGAUGUUAGGGUUUGCAAGGCUAAGCAUGAAGGUCCAAGGCCCAGAUGAAUAUAGGUCUUCCGACGUGCUUUUUCUUUUUCUUUUUUUUGACAACCAAAUACUUCUAUGGGGCCAUCUGGUCCCAUAAAACACUAGUAUUUGUAGAAUGACAUUUUUAUAAUAUUUUUUUAACUUACCCCAUUAUUCUUGAUAUACUAUGUGUUUUAGUUUUAGCUUGCAUGUAAGUAUUACAAAUCACUUAUGUGUAGAGAAAUUGAUGAUAUUACUUAAAAAAAAAAGGUUUUUGUAUACUAAAUUUACCUAGAACCCUCACCCCCUCCCUGCUCUAAGGUAACACUCUUAACUCAACCUCCUUCACCCGACCAGGCAGCUCCCAUGGCUAUGGAAGAGGGCUGGGGCUUCUGGGUCAGUUUAGUGUACGACAGCAAUGGUUCAUAUUUUAUCAAAAUGCCUGAUGGCAGGUAUUCAGCUGCUGGCCUUUCUUCCCCUUCUUUGCUCUGUAUGUUCGGAGGGAUUACAAAGACGGUGCCAUAAGUCAAAGCAGAAUCCCAUUCAAGCUCAUCCUUCCUCCUUCACCCAGCUCACUUCACCUCAUCCAAAAUACAUAAUUAUAACCUCUGUGCCAGGACUGCCAUACACAGCAUAUAGAAAUUCCUCAUGUAUGAUGUUUUCUUUUGGCUGGCUUGUUUUUCUUUAUAUAUAUAUAUAUAUAUAUAUAUAUAUAUAUAUAUAUAUAUAUAUAUUUAUAUAUAUAUAUAUAUAUAUAUAUAUAUAUAUAUAUAUAUAUAUAUAUAUAUAUAUGAGGCAGACCAAAGGUCAUUCAAGAAAAUAAUGGCUGGAACAUGCUGUUCUUAUUAAAAAAAAAAAAAGUGUAAAAUCAUAUAUGGAAAAUAGGAAAAGCUAAAAAAGCAUAUGUAAUAUCAUAUGCCAUCCCUUAAACUCAGUCACCACUCACCCAGCAAUCCCUCCCUCACACCAAGAACAUGUUUGUGCUGGACAUGUGCUGAGAUAAACUACACUAAACUUCCGUAUUUUUGUACAGUUGGCAUACAUAAUACAUAUUGAAAUGAAUGCUGGGUUUCAUAGCUUGAGACCUUAAUUCAUGAGUUUGUUUACCUGGCUGUUUCCUCAUCUUUAUUAUGCUUAUUGUGCUUCUUUCUGGUAUUAUGGGCCAGAGCAAGAAUGUGAUGCCAUCAGGUAGCCACCAAUGUGCUGUCAAGAAUGAUUAGUGGACAUAAGAACCUCUAGGAUCACUUCCUUUUCAAGAUACAACCAUAAUAUUAUGCAUCACUUUAAUAUUAUAUAAAUGUAUUGAAAUGCAGUUUAUGACUAACUGCUUAGAGAAACUUUGAAGAUUUUAUUGAAAGCAAAUUAUCAAAAAUGCUGCAGUUACAACUUUCUUAAACCACAGAACAUUUCUUUAAAGUGGAAUAACCCAACAACUGAUACACAUCCGCUAAGAGGGUGAACCAAGAGGUUCUAAGCAGAGAUACAAGAUCCAUGUUAGUUAAAUUUUACAAAGUACAUAGUAUAAUUUUCAGUAAACUAUUUCAUAUUAGAGUACCUCUCUGGCAUUUCUAUUUUUGUUACCGAGAUAUAUGUAUAAAGUGUAAGAUAUGUAUCAUAACUAUAUGUAACUUGUUUAUUAUAUGCAUUAUUUCUAUAA